UACUCCAUUAGUUUUUCCUAUGAGAAUAAAAACAAAACUCUUUGGACUUAGGGUGCCCCUCUCUAUCUCUCUUCCUAUUUUCUGGUUCUCCAAGGUUCCACUUUAGAUAUAGGCUUAAAAUCAAGUCCAACCAUUAAAUACCACUUGGUCAUCCCUUUGUUCUUCUGGCUCUUAUAAAUUAAAGUUUCUAAUUUCAUCCGGUGCCCAUAUUAUCCUCUAGAAACUUGCAUGUUCCACUCUGUUUCUUUCUCUGUUCUGCUUCAUGGCUACAACAGCAACAUCAGCACAGGUUUUCAAAGACUACAAGGACACAAGUAAUGGAAACCCUGAAAUUACGAGGCAGGAAAUUCAGGCGGCCAUAGCCAAAGCAGUGGAGCUGAGAGCUCUUCAUGCGGCUUUGAUGCGAGGAAAUAGCCCAGCCAAUGCUAGAUUCCCAUCCCCUUCCCCUGCUUCGCGCCCUGUUUCUCACUUCUCUGCCCAAGAUUACCCUGUUUUCACUCCAGUGGAGCUAUGAAGAUGAUCCACUGGUGGUGUACCAUCAAAACUCCAUGAAAAGCCUAACAGUAUCAGAAAGUUGGGAUGGGAGUCUUCUAGAAGGAGGAAACAGCAGAGAAACCAUUGUAGCAGAUUACAAGGAGAAAUCAAGUUCAAGAAAAGGACUAUAUUCUGGUUUUGCCAACGUUGAUUCUCACACAUGCCCUACUGAAGAUGCCAAAUCCGUGACUGGCUCUUGCGCAAAUCAAAUAACUGUUCUGCAAACUUCACCUGCAAAUGAUUACUCCAAGGGUAGGAGGAGAAACAGCAUGGAGGAUUUCAAGUCCGUAUCCUCCUGCAACAAAUGCAACCCUGCCACCAUAACUAGCGAUUUUGAGAAUGCAAGGAGCAGCAAGAGCUCCAACAUUAUUGUCCCAGUUACGGAUUCACACUCAUCUCUUCAAUCCCAACCCAAAAGCAAGGGGGUGAUUUCUUGGUUGUUUCCCAGGUUAAAGAAGAAACACAAGAAUGAGAAUUCCCCUAAUAGAGCAGAAUCUGAGGAUGUUUCUCAGGUUCUCAAGGACUUGGGAAUAAUGUCAAUGGAGACAUUGAAGAAGGAGCUGGUGGAAGCAAAUGAGAACCGAGAUGUGGCCUUAAUGGAAGUUUCUGAGAUGAGAGGUUCAUUGGGAGAGCUGAAACAGAAGCUGGAGUACUUGGAGAGUUACUGUGAAGAGCUGAAGAAAGCUCUAAAGCAAGCCGUGAAGACAAAGGAUUCUCAACUUUGUGACCAACUUACUGAUCUUCCUCAGAGGGGGAAACUAUUUGAAGGAAAUGGGGAAAAUGUGAUGCCUGUGAGUGAAGAAGUAAUGGUAGAGGGAUUCUUGCAGAUAGUGUCAGAGUCCAGAUUAUCAGUGAAGCAGUUCUGUAAGACCCUUAUUACUCACAUUGAAGAGACUGAUCAUUCUUUGACAGAAAAUUUGAACUUGCUUCUCCAACCUUACAAGUUAUCUCUGAGUUCCAAGUUCUCAAAGGCAGUUCUAUACCAUUUUGAAGCUUUUAUAAAUCAGUCUCUCUACCAAGACUUUGAGAAUUGUGUUUUCCAAAAGAACGGUUGCUCAAAAUUCCUAGACCCUCAGCAGGAUCGUCAAUCACAAUUCUCUUCUUUUGUUGCCCUUAGAAAUUUGAGCUGGAAUGAGGUACUGAGAAAGGGAACAAAAUAUUACAGUGAAGAGUUUAGCAAGUUCUGUGACCAGAAAAUGAGUUGUAUCAAUACUACUUUAAAAUGGACAAGGCCAUGGCCUGAACAGCUUCUUCAAGCUUUCUUUGUGGCGGCAAAAUGCAUGUGGCUGCUACAUUUGCUUGCCUUUUCUUUCAACCCUCCGUUGGGAAUUCUAAGGGUUGAAGAGAAUAAACUCUUUGAUCCUCACUACAUGGAGGAUAUGUGUCCAAGGUCACAAGGGCCAAGCAGAGUUAAGAUCAUGGUGAUGCCGGGAUUUUAUGUUCAGGAUAGGGUCUUGAGGUGUAAAGUUCUUUGCAGGUACAAGUCUGCAGCCUAAGUAAACUAGUAAUGAGUUUUAUAUGUACAUUUUCUUUUACUUAGACUUUUCCACCUGUAACUCAGUAACUAGCCGUAUUUGAUGAUUAAUAAUAGUCGUAUGUGAUUUAAUUUA